AUGGAUGAAAAUAAUAUAGAAAAUAAAAAUAUAGAAAAUAAAAAUGUAAUAGACGAAGAUAAUUCAAAAAUAGAAAAAAAUAAUAUAGAUGAUAAUAGUAUAGAAAGUAAUAAUAAUAAUAAUGAUAGUAAUAGUAAUGAUAAUAAUGAAGAGGAUGAAAUAAAUAAUAAUAUCAUAAAUAGCAGUAAUUCAAUUGAAGAUAUUUCAAAUUAUUUAUUAAAAAUCGAUGAAUCAUCAGGAAGACCACCAAGAAAAUAUAGCGAACAAGAUAGUUCAAAUCCUGAAUGGUUUGAACACAAGAAACAUUUUUUUAUACUUUCAUCGUCUGGUAAACCAAUUUAUAGUAGAUAUGGUGACGAGGUUGCAUUAAAUACAUUCAUGGCAUCAUUAAGUGCCAUGAGUUCGUUUGUAGAGUCACAGAAUGAUACGCUUAGACAUUUGGUAGCGGGCAAAUAUCAAUUCGUUUUUCUCUGCAAGUAUCCUUUAAAUUUAGUUUGUAUUUCUAGUACCGGCGAGCCAAAUCAAGUGAUAAGACAACAAUUAGAAUACAUACAUUCUUUAAUUAUUAGUGUUUUAACUCAAUCAAAUAUGAAGGCUGUUUUUGAAGCAAAAUACGAUUUACGUGAUCUUUUAGGUGGCACAGAUAAAUAUUUAGACCAUUUAAUUCAUCAAUUAAAUAAAGAUUUUUCAAUUCUCUUAAAUUCUAUACAAUGUUUACGUUUAAAUAAUAAUGUUCGUAAUCAAAUAACAAACAUUUUAUCACAAUAUAAAUGUGAUUCGUUACUAUUUUCGUUAUUAAUUUCAGAUAACAAGUUAAUUAGUCAAGUUAAACAUAAAAAAACUACAAGUUUAAAAAGUCAAGAUAUACAUUUACUUAUGAAUUAUGUAUCUUCAACUGCAUCAUUCAAAGAGUCAGAGUCAUGGAUACCAAUUUGCCUACCAAAUUAUAAUGAUACAUACUUUUUACAUUUGUAUAUUUGUUUCUUGUAUCCAGGUGUAUGUUUAUUAUUAUUUUCAAACCAACCAGAAUCAUUUUAUCAAUUAAGCGAUUGUAAGAAUCAAAUUAUUAAAGGUCUUGAACAGGAAAAUAUAGCAGAGGAAUUAAAGAAAGCAGUCAAUAAUCACGACUACACCACUUCUAUAACCGAAAUUCCAAAUCUUUUACAUUUCUUGUAUAAAAAUAAAACAAACAAUUAUUCAACUUUCCCAACAUUUUCACCACCUUAUAGCAUUCAUAAAAAAGAAAAGAAACGAUUAUUUAGACUCUACCAGCACAUCACAACUCAUGUUAACAGUAAUAUAAUCGCAAAUAAACCUCAUAAAUAUUAUUAUCACACAAGCCAAACGGAAACUAUUAUGGUAGCAACUUCAAAUAAUCAUGAAUUAUAUGCUACAUUCUCUCCUUUAGAAACAAAGAAAAGUAUUUUCGAAUCAUUCUCAAAUCUCUUAUUGUGGAUCAAAAAUCAAGAAAAUUCUUUAUUCAUACAAUAAUUUUAUUCAUAAAUAUAAAAACAAUAAAUAUUAAAUAUUAAAAU